AAAGGUGACUGUUUUUGUAUUUUGGUCAGUUUGGACCGAUGAAGAAGAAGAAUAAUAACUAAAGAAAUAGGGAGAUUGAGAUUGAGAGCUCAUCAGAUUCAGGGGGACAAUCUAGCCAAUCUUUGGAGAUCUCGAAGCUGAAUUGUUUAGUACUUUCAUCACAUCUUUUGGUUCAUUUCCUCUUACUAUAUUAUUUUGUCCUCAACGGCAAGUUGUGCUUCUGUAGAUGGUCACUGUGGAAGGGACCAUGAUUAGCAGAGCAUCAAAGAGUUUCUAGGAAGGAAGAUGAAGAAAUAAUUUGCGUUCUGGUAUUUUGAUGUUCCUCUGAACUGUGAUGCAUCGGGUGCUGAACAAUGGGUGCCUCAGUCAGUGCUUUCUGUUGGCAUGCUUUUUCAUCUCCAUUCUUUUUCUAAGUUCCAGGCAUUGUAUGGGCAAGAAUAUUGAAUCAGAAACACAGUUACAGAAUCAUUAUGGGUCAUUUCCAAGGAACGAAAAUGAAAGUAGCAGCUCUGGUUUACUUAUACCAGUAGAUUCUCUGCCCUCAUGGAAUGCUUCGGUAUCCUGUAAGGACCUGAAAGGCGUUGGCUCCUUGGACACUACGUGCCUGUUAAGUUCAGACUUGUAUUUAGACGGUGAUCUUAAUGUAACUGGGGCAGGAAACUUGGAGAUACUCCCUCAUGUUUUAAUUGUAUGUCCUACCGAAGACUGUUCAAUUAGUUUCAAUGUAUGUGGCAACAUUAAAAUUGGUCAGCAUGCAGCUCUUAUUGCUGCUUCUGUAUUUGUCUCUGCCACCAAUCUGAGUCUGGAUCACCAUUCAUCCAUAAACACGACAUCAUUGGGUGGACCACCACCUUCUCAGACUAGUGGUACACCAAUUGGCCUUGAUGGAGCUGGUGGAGGGCAUGGGGGCCGAGGUGCUUCCUGUCUGAAAGAUGAUAAGAAAAAUAUUUGGGGUGGUGAUGUUUAUGGUUGGUCUUCUUUGUCUGAUCCAUGGUAUUAUGGGAGUAAGGGUGGAAGUACAUCUGCUAAAAUACAAUUUGGUGGGAAUGGUGGAGGAAGAGUCAAGCUUCAAGUGAAGGACGUACUAGAUUUAAAUGGAUCUGUGAUUGCAGAAGGAGGAGAAGGAGGACUAAAAGGAGGAGGUGGAUCAGGUGGAAGUAUCAUGAUCUAUGCUCUAAAGCUGAAAGGGAAUGGUACUAUAAGUGCAUCAGGAGGGAGAGGAUGGGGUGGAGGUGGAGGCGGAAGAGUAUCUCUGGACUGUUACAGCAUACAAGAGGAUAUAAAAAUAUCUGUGCAUGGUGGGGAGAGUAUUGGAUGUCCUGGAAAUUCUGGUGCGGCUGGUACUUCUUUUGAUGCAACAUUAUUUAGUCUAAGGGUUAGCAAUAGUAAUGUCACAACACAGACUGAAACACCUUUGCUGGACUUCCCCACUGGCCCUCUUUGGUCAAAUGUUUUUGUGGAAAACAAUGCAAAAGUGUUGGUUCCUUUGCUAUGGACUAGAGUUCAGGUGAGAGGUCAAAUCAGUAUACUUUGUGGGGGUAGCAUCAGUUUUGGAUUGUCUGAGUAUCCAGUUUCAGAGUUUGAGCUUGUUGCAGAGGAACUUUUGAUGAGCGAUUCCAUCAUAAAGGUUUAUGGUGCAUUCAGAAUAGCUGUCAAAAUGUUACUAAUGUGGAACUCCAAAAUACAAAUAGAUGGUGGUGGGAAUACUAUUGUUGCUACUUCGGUUCUUGAAGUUAGAAACCUAGUUGUUCUCAGGGAAAAUUCCAUUGUGAGUUCAAAUGCUGACUUGGGCGUCUAUGGUCAAGGUCUUCUAAAAUUAACUGGUCAUGGUGAUGCAAUCAAAGGCCAGCGACUUUCCCUGUCAUUGUUUUAUCAGAUAACCGUUGGUCAAGGUGCCUUGCUUCAGGCUCCACUUGAUGAUGAAGCUGGUAGAAGUUUGGCAACUAAAUCCCGCUGUGAGAGUCAGACAUGCCCUAUCGAUUUGUUGAGUCCUCCAGAAGAUUGCCAUGUGAAUAGUACAUUGUCCUUUUCCCUCCAAAUCUGUCGUGUUGAGGACCUUACGAUUAAUGGCCUUGUCAAGGGAAGUAUUCUUCAAAUCCACAGGGCAAGAACUGUCACUAUCAACACAACUGGCAUGAUAAGCGCAUCAGAAUUAGGCUGCAAAGAAGGUCCUGGCAAAGGGAUUUAUUCAAAUGGAGCUGGAGGCGGUGCUGGACAUGGGGGAAGAGGGGGCUCAGGAUUUUAUGAUGGGGGGCAAUGUGAAGGGGGUAAAGACUAUGGUAGUGCUGAUCUUCCUUGUGAACUGGGAAGUGGAACAGAGGGUCUAAAUAAUUCAUAUGGACAUGUUGCUGGAGGAGGAAUGAUAGUGAUGGGUUCUAUUCAGUGGCCGCUUUUAAAGCUUGAUGUUUAUGGAUCUCUUAGGGCUGAGGGCCAAAGCUAUGGUAAAGAAACAAAAAAUCAUAAUGGAACUUUGUUCGGUGGGCUUGGUGGUGGUUCUGGUGGGUCGAUUCUUCUGUUCAUUCAAGCACUUACAAUUAGAGAAAAUUCUACCAUAUCUGUUGCUGGGGGAAAUGGUGGCCCAGUUGGUGGCGGCGGUGGCGGUGGUGGAAGAAUUCAUUUUGAUUGGUCUCAGAUAGCCAUUGGAGAUGAAUAUGUUCCCAUUGCAACUAUUAAUGGCACCAUUGACAGUAGUGGUGGACCUGGGGACAGACGUGGUCAGCAAGGAGGAGAGGGCACAGUUACAGGAAAAAAGUGUCCUGAAGGCCUUUAUGGUACAUUCUGCAAUGAGUGUCCUGUUGGCACUUACAAAGAUGUUUAUGGGUCUGAGGCAUUUCUUUGUGCUUCUUGCCCGCUUGAGUAUCUCCCCCAUCGUGCAGAGUUUAUAUAUGUACGAGGAGGAGUUACCAAACCUCGUUGUCCAUAUAAAUGUAUAUCUGACAAAUAUAGGAUGCCAAACUGCUAUACACCUCUUGAAGAGCUAAUCUAUACAUUUGGAGGGCCAUGGUUUUUUGCACCUAUUCUGUCAUUCAUUUUGGUACUGCUAGCUCUUUUGUUAAGCACUUUGAGAAUAAAGUUGGUUGGAUCAGAUUAUUCGUAUCGUACUGCUGGUUCUAUUGAACAUCGCAGUCAUCAUCACCAUUUCCCACAUCUCCUGUCACUUGCAGAGGUUAGAGGAAGCAGCAGAGCAGAAGAAACUCAAAGCCAUGUGCACAGAUUGUAUUUUAUGGGUCCCAAUACCUUUAGAGAACCAUGGCAUCUUCCCUACUCUCCACCUGAUGCAAUUAUUAAAAUUGUGUAUGAAGAUGCUUUCACCAGAUUCAUUGAUGAUAUCAAUUCUGUUGCUGCAUAUGAAUGGUGGGAAGGGUCAGUGCACAGCAUACUUUCAGUGCUUGCUUAUCCCUGUGCAUGGUCUUGGAAACAGUGGCGCCGAAGGAAUAAGAUUCAUCGCCUUCAGGAAUAUGUGAAAUCAGAAUAUGAUCAUUCAUGUCUGCGCUCUUGCAGAUCACGAGCUCUUUACAAAGGGAUGAAGGUAGGAGCAACACUAGAUUUGAUGGUUGCAUACAUUGAUUUCUUCCUUGGUGGAGAUGAGAAGCGGUUAGAUGUAGCCUCCACUAUACAGCAGAGAUUCCCCAUGUGCAUCAUAUUUGGUGGUGAUGGAAGUUAUAUGUCGCCUUACAAUCUUCACAGUGAUACGUUGCUGACUAAUCUUCUUGGCCAGCAUGUUCCUCCAACAAUCUGGAAUCGAUUGGUUGCUGGUUUGAAUGCUCAAUUAAGGACAGUGAGGCAAGGGUCCAUACGUUAUGCGCUUAUUCCAGUUAUUAAGUGGAUAAAUAGUCAUGCAAACCCUCAACUUGAGUUUCAUGGAGUGAGAAUAGAGCUGGGUUGGUUUCAGGCCACAGCCUCUGGUUAUUACCAGCUGGGUAUCUUGGUAUCAACUGGUGAUUAUUCUCUUCACAGCAUCCAGCAUUCUGAUCCAGUGGAAACAAAUAAUUUUGAACAUCCAAGGAAAAGUGCCAUGGUCACAGAUAAGAUCAUUAAGCAGUUGCAACAGAAUCAGUCAUACUUCAGCCAGGCAUUGUCCCGUAAGAGGAUAACUGGAGGAAUGAAUGGAGGGAUUAUAAAUGAAGUAACCUUGAAAUCCUUGGAUUAUAGAAGGGACUUUCUCUUCCCAUUUUCUCUUUUUUUGCACAACACAAGACCUGUUGGUCUUCAGGAUACCCUGCAGCUUCUGAUCUGUGUCAUGCUCUUAGGAGAUCUCGCUGUCACUCUCCUUACAUUACUUCAAUUCUAUUGGAUUUCUCUUGGGGCUUUCCUUGCUGUUUUGCUUAUUCUUCCUUUAUCCUUGCUUUCCACCUUUCCUGCUGGUCUUAAUGCUCUUUUCAGUCAAGGGCCUAGAAGAGCUGCACUUGCUCGUGUUUAUGCAUUGUGGAAUGCUACCUCUUUGUCUAACAUUGCUGUCGCUUUCUUUUCUGGAAUCUUGCAUUAUGGAUUUUUCUCUUCUCUCCCGCCCGAAAAGACAAAUACGUGGAAGCUCAGAAGGGAAGAUGACAACUGGUGGAUUUUGCCCAGUAUUCUUCUUGUUGUCAAGUCUCUACAAACUCGCUUCGUUGACUGGCACAUCGCAAACCUGGAGAUUACAGAUCCUUCUCUUUUGAGUCAAGAUCCUGAUAGCUUCUGGCUUCAUGAAAAUCCUUCAUAGUAGCAUGGCAGUUUUAAGAAUUUUUCAUGAGCAUGUAUCCUUGAUUUUUAGAAAGAUCAGAGGAAGUUGGAGGAAUUUAUUUUUGUUCCCCUAACACUCCCUCAACUGAAGAAAAGAUACGGAGAAAAGAAAAUCCUGUUGUAUAUAUUCUUUUUACAACUGUAAAAAUGGAUCUGUUUGUUAGUAGAAAGAAGUAUUAGCGUGUCCAUAACUCUGA